AUGUGCUCCACGAUCCACGCCCAUGAGCAGAACAUUUCGUUCAUCUCGUUGCUUCCGAAUGUCAGCGAGCCGGAGAAGAACGUCUCCGUCGCGGACACUUGCGUCGCGUCGAACGAGAUGAAGAAUAAAGCGUAUAAAAUUUGCCGAGAGUUCCUUUCUGGGAGUUGGAAGUCGAUCUCAUCGAACGAUAUGGUCUUCAAGACGGUUGGCGGAGGCCUCUCAAACCUUCUCUACUACUGUUCGUUGCCAGAGACGCACACCCCUCUUUGUGGGGAACCUUCUCAGGUUUUGAUGAGAAUGUACGGCCAAAUUCAAGGGGACCAAGACGCCUCGACUAUCACCGAGUCGAUCAUCUGCACGCUCCUGUCAGAGAGAGCUCUGGGACCUAAACUAUUCGGCGUGUUCCCAGGCGGCCGACUGGAGGAAUACAUUCCGGCUCGGGCUCUGGUUACCGAGCAGAUCCGCGAGCCGGAGAUUUCCUUGUCCAUCUCACGGAAGCUGGCUCGGCUGCAUGCCCUCCAGGCACCGCUGACAAAAGAGCCAACAUGGCUGUUCGACAACAUGGAGAAAUGGCUGGCGGUCCGCAACGAAAUCCUCCCGAACUCGAUACCGAAGGCCGUGAAGCCUUUCGCGAAGAAGCUCAUGGAAUUCGACUAUAAACGAGAAAUGGCUUGGCUGCGUGAGAUCUUCAAGAGGGCUCAGAGCCCGGUGAUGUUUUGCCACAAUGAUCUGCAAGAAGGCAACAUCCUACACAUGGAAAGCAAAGAAAGCGAUGGAAGCUCGGCAGAUGAGAACCUUGUGUUUAUCGAUUUCGAGUACUGUUCCUACAAUUACAGAGGAUUCGACAUUGCCAAUCAUUUCUGCGAAUGGGCGUACGAUUACAGCCACCCUGAAUACCCGCUGUUCAAGGAGUCCAUCGAUCAGUACCCCACCGAGGAACAGAGGCGCGCCUUCUUGGAAGAGUACCUCAAAACUCUCAAGUCAAGCUCCAUCCACGGCGACAUCGAUCCGAAAGUCAACACGAUCGAACAUCUCCUGGAGGAAACGGAGACUUUCACCUUGGCCUCUCAUAUUAUGUGGAGCCUGUGGUCGCUGAACUCGGCUCAUUCUUCGAAAAUAAAUUUCGGCUACUGGGAAUACGGAGCGGCUCGACUCCGCAGAUAUCUGGAGCUCAAAGAGCGUCUCAUGGAACGACUCGAGCUCUCUUCCAGCUAA